UCCCCCGCGACUGACCCGGAAACUGAACAAUUGGGUUCUCUUUCCGGUUUUAAAAAAAAAAAACACAUACUGGGUAAUAAAAAAGAGGCGAUGUGUGGUAUACGCAAUACUCAAUAACCCGUCGACACCACCACUCCCCUCCUCACCGCCGUUGCUGUCGCCGUCGCCGUCGCCGUCGCCGUCGCCGCUUCGUACUCGACGGCACUUUCAAUAUCCAACACCGCUCGCCGCGGGAGUCCUUCUAUCUCUAUUUCCAUUCUUCGUCUGCUGUCUUCGAUCUUGACCUUGUCGACUCACGCCAAUGACCCUUGAUCAACUUGGGAGGUUUUGAAUUGAUUCCGGAACUUCUAUAAGUUUUUUAUUUUUCUUGAGAAAGUUGGUUUCAUAGGGCGAUGUUUGAAGGACUUGUUCGCCAACUUAUUGUGGGUUAUCUUGGCCGAUAUAUUAAAGACAUUCAAAGAGAACAGCUCAAGAUUACCUUAUGGAAUGAAGAAGUGUUGUUGGAGAAUGUAGAUCUGACUCUUGACGCUUUUGAUUAUCUCCAGCUGCCAUUUGCUCUGAAGCAAGGUCGAGUUGGGAGAUUAAGUAUCAAAAUUCCAUGGAAAAAGCUUGGCUGGGACCCCAUCAUAAUUAUUUUAGAGGAUGUAUUUGUCUGUGCCUGCCAGCGGGAUGAACAGGAGUGGUCUACGGAUGCAGUUGAAAAGAGAGAAUUUGCAGGAAAAAAAGCUAAACUUGCUGCAGCAGAGCUGGCAAAAUUAUCAAGACGUGUAUGUGAUAAUCAGGCUGGACAAUCAUUUAUUUCAUACAUUACCGCGAAGAUUCUUGACGGCAUCCAAGUGUCCAUGAGAAAUGUCCAUGCUCUAUAUCGUGAUAUGCUGACUCACUCGGGACAUACUGUAUUUGGUUUAAAGUUCUCCAGCCUGACAAUAAUGAAGCAGAAUCUCGUUGGGUUCUCUAGUAUAAAGGUGAGAGGGAGUCAAGUUAACAAACUUGUGGAGAUUCAAGGUUUGGAAAUCUAUUGCAGCACCUUCCAUGGAAAUCUUGAUUUCAGUAAUGACACUGUUGGGGACUCCAAGUUUUGGGACAAUGCAAGAUUUGAAGGGGAUGAAUAUAUCUACAUAUUGGCCCCAUUUGAUUUAUCUGCAUCUCUUUUGGUGAACAGAUCUGGAAAACUUGAGAACGAUGCUCCACAAUAUUCCAUAAACGGCGAGAUAACUGGCUUGAUCAUGUCUUUGGAUGAGGUUCAGCUGCAAAGAAUCUUGACUCUAUGGGAUUAUCUUUGCACAUGUCGACUAAGAGAGAAGUAUGGACGCUAUCGUCCUUGGAAUAAUCCUUUAUCAAGAAAACUUAAGGGUUGGCAAAGAGCUUGGUGGUUUUAUGCUCAACAAUCAGUCCUGUCAGAUGUUCGUAAAAGAUUGAAGAAAACUUCUUGGAAAUACCUUGCAGAACGAAUAAAUUCACGCCGGAAGUAUGUGAAUUUGUACAAGACCAAAUUGGAAUGUCUUCGACAAGAGCAGCUGAUUGAUGAAGAUAUUCUUUGGGAGUUGGAGCAAAUGGAGAAAGAAUCUGACAUAGACGAUAUUUUGAGUUAUAGGAGUACUGCUGAACGUGAGCUUAAGGAAUUUCUGGCGAAUUCAGACUCCUGCUUAGGGAUUAAAGGUGCCAAUGUUGUUAUUGAGAAGUCACAGGAUGAUGAUCGUUCAUCCAGCAAGCCCCGUGGAUGGUUGAACUGGCUGUCCCGUGGCGUGCUGGGUGCUGGAGGAACAGAUGAUUCUAGUCAAUUUUCGGGUGUUGUUUCAGAUGAGGUUAUCAAGGAUAUUUACGAGGCCACAAAGUUCCAACCUGUGCCUUCACCCAAUGGGGUUGCAGCUGCGGAUGAUGAAAUCUAUUUUUCAUCGAUCAAGUUUAACAUUCAAAGAGUUUCUGCAACACUGCGGAGCAUGAAGUUUCAUCGAGCGAUUGCUGAAUUGAUUUUCAACGGGAUGUUUAUUGAGUGUAAGCUUUGGGAGGAAUCUGCCGUUGUUACUGCCACAGUCAACGCUAUCAAGAUGAUUAAUCCCAGUAACGAGCAAAUCUUACUAUUUGCAGGAAGGGACACUAUUGUGGAAGAUGUAGUUGAAAUUGAGCAAGCUGCUCUCAGUAUUCAAGUUCAUUUGUCUCAAGUAAAUCGGAAGGUUGAAUUAUCAGUGAAGGUCAUGCUUCAACCACUUGAAGUUACUUGUAAUUCAGAACUACUUUUGAAUAUCAUGGAGUUUUACAACGUUUUAAGAUCCUUCAAAUUUCAACAUGAAAGGGUUUUGUGGUCGCUAAAUGGGAUUGAAGAUGUAAAAACAAGAUUGUUGUCAAAAGCUGAAUAUAUUUUAUCUAGUCGUAAGGCGGUGAUUUGGGAUGUUAAUUUCGUCAAUAUAAUUGUAACUAUUCCAUGGGAAAAUUCAAACUCAGAGCUACACAAAAUGAUACUAGAGUCAGGAGCUCUUUCCUUUGCGUCCAAACGUGAAUUAGGUUCUUUUCCUUCAGAUGUUGAAGAUCAAUCUCAUGUCCUGAAAAACUUUGUUAAUCACAGUUCCACCAGUGAUAUUUGUACAGGGUUACAGCAUGAUCUCUAUGAUCACUUUGAGAUGAAAAUAAAUGAUUUUGGCAUGAAGAUAAUGAUGCCUCACUGUCAUCAAACUAUAUCAGUUUUGGAGAAAUUUUGUGCUUAUACUACCUUUGCGUCCUGCAUCAUCCCCAAUGAAUCAAUACUGAAACAGCUCGGGGUUUAUAUCAUUGCAUCAUCACUUCUUGCACACUUCUCUCCAUCAAUAUACGGUGCAGUUCUGGGAUUAAAAGCAAAUUUUGAUAUGCUGGACUCGAAAUUGGACUCAGAAAUCAUGUCAACUGUUGAUUCUCUUAAUAUAAUGUCAAUUGUACCAAACACUGCUGAAGAUUUUUCAAUUUCUGUUUUUGCGAACUUGGAGUUGAUUCGUUUCCGUGUCAACCUUGAAAAUGAUAUAGAAAACAGCUGCAUUGUCAUGCUUGCUUUGCAAGAGUUAGAUAUUCGGUAUGUUCUUGGGAAAUUCCCAGAGUGCUGGAUCUCUUUGAAGGACUUGAGGAUCAGCACAUUUUCCUCGAAAUGUGAGAUAGACAGCCAUAUACUUUGUUCAUCUGGAAAUCAAUUUGCUGCCCGUUCUCAAGCACAUCAGCAUGACAUGGGUGUUAGCAAUCCAAGUGAAAAUUGUUGUGACAAAAGUGCAUCUGAUGGAGGAUGCUUUCUUUUACAUUAUAAAGCUUGCAGAAAUUCUGACAUAAUUUGUCACAAAUAUGCAAUGUGUUUGAGUAAUAUUGAUAUUCACUGCUACCCUCAUAUAAUUGGAUUGCUGGUUGGAUUUUCUGAGAAAAUAUCUGAAUAUGGUUUGUCUCGUGUUCCUGAAAAUUCGUUUAGCCCCUUCAUUGAUGAUAAAAAUUCGAUACCAGUGCCUGGGUUUUGCUUCAAAAGGUUUGGUUUCUCAAACUUUUAUGAAACUGGUUACUCCGAAUGGGCAAGCAUUCCAUUGGAUCAUUUUCCUUUUGUUACUAUUUACAAUUUUGGUUCUCUUUGUAACCUUAAGAAUUCACUUAUCUAUGACAUUCCUGGAUGGAGGAAAAUUUUCAAUUUGAGGGAGAGGGAGAUAAGAAGCCCAAGUUUCUGUGUGAAGGAAGGAUCUAAUAUGCUAAAUGCCCCACCAUUGAAAUCCACAUUUGGUUCAGAUGCAUCGCCUCUGUCACAGAGUUUUGGUGACAUUGAUCCACUUGUUGUUGAUUCAAAUUUGAGUGGAGUCAGAGUACAUUUCCAUGAUUCAUCAUGCAUUGUUGGAACAAUUACGCUCCCCACCUCUAGAUUUUCGCUCGCCGCCAAUAAAGACUGUUUCGACAUAUUGUGUUCUACAGAUGGAUUGAUUCUCUCUUCAUUAUGGUGUACAAAAAAUAUCCAUGACUUUCUAUGGGGCCCUUCUUUACCAAGUCUUUCUCCUAUUUUGAAUAUGCGCAUUAGGAAAGGCAAUGCUGGAUCAUUGAAAUCUGAACUUGAAAUAAGUUUCAGCACUCAGCAUGUUACCUGCGUUUUGCCACCUGAAUUUUUGGCUAUCAUUAUUGGAUAUUUUUCAUUGCCUGAUUGGAGCUACAAUGCUAUUGAGAAGUCUGUUACUGGAACUCCCAGGUACAAGGAUUCAGGAAACAGCAGUUCCAUUACUUAUAAGUUUGAGAUACUGGACUGCAUUUUGUUAACACCUGUGGAGACCGACAACCAUCAGUUUCUAAAACUUGAAAUUCCACAGUUCUACUGUAGUUUUCUCCAUAAUAGUGACACAAAUCUACUGAAGGACAUUACUCCUGAAUGUUUGGUUCGAGCAGAUAAAAUUGCCGAUAGAAAUCACUGUUUAAACUUAUUUGGACGGGAUUUGUCUCUAUAUCUCCUGCUGUUAAAGGAUGAUGCAUUUAAUCCCUUAAUAAUGAAUCAAAGUACCGGACAGGGAGAUAUCACCUUAAUUUCACCACUCAGUGCUGAUAUAUGGGUCAGGAUACCGCAGGAAAGUGAAUCUUCUUGUGUAAGCUCUCUCUCUCGGACAUGUAUCAUGGCGAGCGUUGACAAUUGCCAGAUUAUUGUUGAAGAUGGUUACGUUAUUGCUGGAUUUGAAGCAUUAGUGGAUGUCAUAAAUCAGUUUUCCUCUGUUCAUGGAGAAUCUAAAGGUUUUACAUCUGACGUUUUACAAUUUCUCCAGUUGAAGAGGAGUAUGAAGGAAAUCGGUACACUUCUGCCCGAAGACUCAACUGUGACAUACACAGAAACGAGUUUCUGUUUCAAUUCACUGUCAAUAAAUUUAUAUCGCUCAAGAAGAGAAUCAUUGUCUUCAGAGUUGGUUGCCAAGGCUAAUAUGCAAUUGACAUGCUCUGCAUCAUGGAGAAAUGAGAUACCCCUUCGCUUGGAUAUUUCCUUUUCUUCUCUAGCGCUAUUUUCACCACUUCAUUCUGUUAUAUUAGCCCGAUGCAGUUCUUUCUCAGUCUCACCAGUUCUUGACAUGCAUCUUUCAAUGUCAGAUCAAGGCGAAAAUGAGCUUCAUGUUUCCCUUCCUAAUCUAGAUAUUUGGUUACGUUUAUUUGAGUGGUCUGAGGUCGUUGCCCUAUUCAAUUCUUACACUUCACAAUUGGCUAAAACUUCAAUUGUGGAUGCAUCGUCAAAGAAUUCAAAUUUGACAGUGGAUCGAAUUGAAAAUGUGGAAGUUCAUGGUUCUCAAAACACGAAAAGGGAUGGCACAUUUCUUAUUGUGAAGUCGGAUAAUAUUGAUGUAACAAUUCAUAUCCCUGUUUGUGUUAGCUUAGAGGCAUUCAGUGUAUCUGGGGAGCUUGACAUUCCAGAGGGGAGUCCUUCAGAAGAUAUAUGUGACAUAGUUGAAGGAAAAUGUGAUAACUUUAUUGCCAUUACUUUGCAAAGUAGACAUUGUGAACUGGUUAUAAAUGGCAGAACCGCAAGAUUAAAGUCCAAUUUGGAAAAAACAAAUGGAAUAGUGAAGAUAUGUCAGGAUAAUAGUGUUCACUCAUGGCCCUUUUUUCAGUUAUUUGAAGUUAAUGUUGUGGCAGAGAUUUGUAGUAAUGAGAUGGAGCAGGUGCAUGUCAAAGCGGAAGUUCAAUGUCACUGUCUAGAUGUGUGGCUUUCAUACAAUGUUCUCUACUUCUGGCAACAUAUCCCAUUCAGAUUUCCUGAAGCAGGAUCUUCCCAGUUUGCUUUCAGUUGUUUCAACUUCAAAAUCCAACUAGGGAAGGUUUCUCUUUUGUUGACUGAUGCAAGGUGGAGCUCCAAUGGACCUCUACUAGAAAUUCUUAUGAGAAAUUUGCUCCUGGAUACUAACAUGAAUGACAAAAAAAUGGAGUGCUCAGUUUCAGGCGACCUUCAAGUGAACUACAAUAACAUUAACAAGGUGUUAUGGGAGCCUUUCGUCGAGCCUUGGAAAUUUCAGCUAAAUGUUACUAGAAAAUAUGAGAAGAGUGCCCUACUAAACAGUGCCAUUAUGACAGAUUUCUGUCUCUUUUCAACAGCACAGCUUAAUUUGAAUGUUACAGAAUCCCUUGUUGAGGUUGUUUUCAGGGCAAUUGAGAUGAUUGAGGAUGCUUGGGGUCCAGUAGGCGUGAAUAGGGAUGGAAACCAAAGUUUUUUAAAUUAUCAGAAUCGUGAAGAUUUAUGCACAGGAAGAUAUGCUCCUUAUGUACUACAAAAUUUGACUUCCUUGCCUCUAGUAUUCCAUGUCUUUAAAGGGCCAGUAUAUGUUGAUGACAUGAAGGCAUCAUCGUUGAAUGAUGGGAAACUUUUGCAACCAGGUUCUUGUAUUCCGAUUUACGUUAAUGAAACUCCAGAGGAACAACUCUUCCACUGCUGUCCUUCUCAUUCUUCUGACCGACUGAAUGAUAAGCAACCAAAUGGGGUGGUGCAUCAUUAUAUUAUGAUCCAGCUUGAUGGAACCUCUGUACCUUCUGCUCCUAUUUCAAUGGAUCUUGUAGGUGUGAGUUACUUUGAGGUGGACUUUUCUAAGUCAUCAAAUAAUAUAGGAGUUGAUAGUAUUCGGGAUGCUUUAAAAAACAAUAAAAAUGUCGAAGAGAACAAUCAAAUCGAUGCAAACAGUGGAUUUGUUGUUCCUGUGGUGUUUGAUGUUUCGGUUCAGCGGUAUAGUAAGUUGGUGCGCUUGUACUCAUCGGUGAUCCUCUUCAAUGCAACUUCAAUACCACUUGAGGUGCGGUUUGAUAUUCCAUUUGGAGUGUCUCCUAAGAUCCUAGAUCCAAUAUAUCCUUGUCAGGAGUUUCCGUUGCCUCUACAUUUGGCUGAAGCUGGUCGCAUGAGAUGGCGCCCACUUGGUCACACUUACCUAUGGAGUGAAGCUCAUAACAUCUCAAAUAUUCUUUCACAUGAAAGUAGGAUUGGAUUUUUGCGUUCAUUUGUUUGCUAUCCAUCUCAUCCAAGCAGUGAUCCAUUUCGCUGCUGCAUAUCAGUGCAAGAUAUAUGCUUACCUUCAACUGGCAAGCCAAGUAAGGGUUCAUCUCGUCACAUCAAUAGUACUGUUAAGCAGUCCUUUGAAGAUUCUGGCCAAUUAUUGCAUAAUGUGGACAAGUCAAAUAAGCGUUUCAUUCACCAAGUGACUUUAAGCAGUCCGUUAGUAGUGAAAAACUAUCUUCCAGAGGCCUUAUCAUUGACAAUUGAAAGUGGCGGGGUUAAACAUACUACAUUACUUUCAGAGGUUGAAACUUCUUAUUUUCAUAUUGAUUCUUCGCAUGAACUUGGAUUAGCUUUUCAUAUGAAUGGAUUUAAACCUUCAAUACUGAAAUUCCCACGUGCAGAAAGUUUUAGCACAACCGCUAAGUUCAGUGGAACAAAGUUCUCUUUAUCUGAAAUCGUUAAUUUUGAUCCUGCUUCAUCUCAUGGUCCAAUAUAUGUGACUCUGGAAAAGAUCAUGGAUGCAUUCUCUGGAGCUCGUGAAAUCUGCAUUUUUGUCCCCUUUUUGUUAUAUAAUUGCAUUGGUUUUCCCCUCGUUGUUUCAGACUCUACCAAUGAAAUGAAAGGAUAUGACUGCACCAUUCCUUCAUAUUAUGAUUUGGAUGAGCAAGACCUAAACCUAGGAAGACAAGAUGGUCUAGGUCUUCUUUCUUCUAAUCAAGAUUUGCAUGUUACAGCACUGGACUAUGAUAGGUUGAGCAAUUCUGCUUCAAAAAAUCACAUCGUCUCAACUAGGAAGAAAGUAGACUCCAACAGUGGGAAGCUUUUGAGCAAACCCUUGGUCCGCGAAAAUUCAACAACAAUUAUUCUUGAGCGUUCAGAUGAACAUGAUUUACAUGCUCGAAGAGCUUCACUAAAAAGUUCGAGGAAUGGAUUGAGUUCAAGCAGUCAGUCAAAUUUAGACUUUUCUGAUUUCAUAGGAAUUGGUCAUGAAAAAGUUAAAAGUUGCAUGUAUUCUCCAAAACCCAACUCCUCUGCUGGUGAAUUUAUGGUUAAAGUAAGUCAGCAACUGCCUGAAUGUUAUACAGAAAGCACAUCAAAAUGUUCUUGGUCUAGCCCAUUUCUUCUCGUUCCACCAACUGGUUCAACCAGCGUUCUUGUUCCUCAACCAUAUACAAAUGCUGCAUAUAUAGUAUCUGUUACAGCAAGUGCAAUUGCUGGACCUUUUUCUGGAAGGACAAGAGCCAUCACUUUCCAGCCCAGAUAUGUUAUCGGCAAUGCAUGCAGCAAGUAUUUAUGUUUUAAGCAAAAGGGAACUAAUUUUGUUUCUCAUCUGGGAAUCGGACACCAUUAUCAUCUUCACUGGAAGGAUACAACAAGGGAGUUACUAGUUUCCGUUCGUUUCAACGAACCUGGAUGGCAAUGGUCAGGGUGCUUCUCACCAGAGCAUCUUGGUGAUACUCAGGUGAAAAUGCGAAACUAUGUUUCUGGGGCAGUAAAUAUGAUACGCGUGGAAGUGCAGAAUGCUGAUGUUGCCUUUAAGAAUGAAAAGAUUGUGGGGAACCCUGAUGGAAAUUCUGGGACAAACUUGAUUCUUUUAUCCGAUGAUGAUACAGGCUUUAUGCCAUACAGAAUUGAUAACUUCUCGAAGGAGAGGCUACGGAUUUAUCAACAAAGGUGUGAAACUUUUGAAACUCUUAUUCACUCGUACACAUCUUGCCCUUAUGCAUGGGAUGAGCCCUGCUACCCGCAUCGGCUCACUGUUGAGGUGCCUGGAGAGCGUAUCUUGGGGUCAUACUCUCUUGAUGAAGUGAAAGAAUGCGCAACUGUAUGCUUACCUUCAACUUCAGAGAAGCCUGAAAGAACUUUGCUUGUUUCUGUCCGUGCUGAAGGAGCAUUGAAGGUUCUCAGUAUUAUUGAUUCAAGUCAUCAUAUUUUGAUUGAUAUGAAGGAUCCCCGUGACCCUCAGAUUAAAGAAAAUAGAAAACACGACCAGAAACAGGAAACUUUUGUUGAUUACAAUGAGAAGAUAUCAAUUGCUGUUCCUUUUAUUGGAAUUUCCUUGAUGAAUUCUUAUUCACAGGAACUACUUUUUGCAUGUGCAAGAAACACGUCGAUUGAUCUGCUCCAGAGUCUGGAUCAACAAAAGUUUGCCUUACAGAUCUCAUCUUUGCAAAUUGAUAACCAGUUGCAAAGUACUCCAUACCCUGUGAUCCUGUCCUUUGAUCAUGAAAAUAGAAGUAAUUUAGUCGGGCAGAUGAAAAAUAAAGAUGAAAAUACAAAGAUCAAAACCGAAACCGUGAUGCAAGUUGCCGCUGGAGGUCCAUGUGAAACUGUAUUCUGCUUUUCUGCUGCUAAGUGGAGGAAUGAAAAUCUCUCAUUGGUUUCAUUUGAAUAUAUAAGUUUGAGAGUGGCAGAUUUUCACCUAGAGCUCGAGCAAGAAGUGAUCUUAAGCUUGUUUGAUUUUUUAAGAACUGUAUCUUCAAGGUUCAAGAGCAGAGUCUUGACUUGUAUGGAUUCCACGACAUAUCCCCUUGUCUCUGAUGUAGGUUUUACGAAAAAAUACUCUUCACAAGUUGAGGCUCAUGAGUAUGUGAAAGCAAAUUGGGACCAACACUACUUGAUGAAUGAUUCUAUGUUUAUUGAAAAGUGCAAAAGCAGCUAUUUACCACCUUCAAUAGUUCCAAUUGGAGCUCCUUGGCAGAAAAUAUACCUCUUAGCCAGAAGACAAAAGAAAAUUUAUCUCGAAGUGUUUGAUUUAGCACCCAUCAAGUUGACAUUAAGCUUUUCCAGCAAUCCAUGGAUCCUUCGAAAUGGGGCUCUUACAUCAGGAGAGUCUCUAAUCCAUAGAGGCCUUAUGGCCCUUGCUGAUGUUGAGGGAGCUCAAAUUUAUCUCAAUCAACUGACCAUUGCCCAUCAUAUGGCUAGCUGGGAAUCCAUUCAAGAAAUCCUUGUCAGGCAUUACACUCGCCAACUUCUUCAUGAGAUGUACAAGGUGUUUGGUUCUGCUGGUGUUAUAGGCAACCCCAUGGGAUUUGCUAGAAGUGUGGGUCUCGGUAUCAAAGAUUUCUUGUCAGUUCCUGCCAGGAGUAUUUUGCAGAGCCCUGCUGGAAUUGUUACGGGCAUGGCACAAGGCACGACUAGUCUUCUUAGUAACACAGUCUAUGCCCUAAGUGAUGCUGCGACUCAAUUCAGCAAAGCUGCUCAUAAGGGAAUUGUUGCAUUUACAUUUGAUGACCAGGCUGUUGCAAAAAUGGAACAGCAAAAGAAGGUUCUAUCUUCACAUAGCAAAGGCGUCGUAAAUGAAUUCUUUGAGGGAUUAACUGGUCUACUCCAAUCACCAAUUAAAGGAGCUGAGAAACAUGGCCUUCCAGGAGUCCUCUCAGGUAUAGCCCUAGGAUUAACAGGACUUGUGGCAAGACCAGCAGCCAGUAUCCUUGAGGUCACUGGGAAAACUGCACAGAGUAUCAAAAACCGAAGUAAGCUCCACCAGAUGGCAACCCAGCGUUAUAGGGUCCGUCUCCCAAGACCUCUGAGUCGAGUACAUCCUCUGAAGCCUUACUCUUGGGAAGAAGCAGUUGGAACAUCUGUUCUUGUGGAGGCUGAUGAUGGCUUGAAGUUGGAAGAUGAGGCGUUAGUCAUGUGCAAAACCCUUAAACAGGGUGGUCGAUUUGUUAUCAUCACCGAGAGACUUAUCUUGAUUGUUAGCUGCUCCUGUUUAGUGGAUCUGGGUAAGCCUGAGUUUCGAGGUGUUCCUGCUGAUCCGGAGUGGAUGAUAGAAGCAGAGAUUGGACUGGAUAGUGUAAUCCACGCUGAUAAUGCUGAAGGAGCUGUACACAUUGUUGGGAGCAAUUCGGAUACAUUAUUGAGACAGAAUCAGCAGCAUCUAAAAAGAGGUGGUGGGACAAAAGGAAAGAGGUGGAACAAUUCUCCUACUCCGCUCCCACUUUUUCAGACCACCUUGGAAUUUACAUGCAAAGAAGAGGCAGAGGAGUUCUUACAAGUUUUGAAGUCUACAAUUGAAAAGGGAAAAGAGCAAGGCUGGGGUUCAGUGCAUCUUUUGCAUCAAAGUAGUCUCAUUUAGGUCAGAAAAAUCGUGCGAUUAUAUGAUUGUUUUUUGCUUGGAGGGUGCUGGUUUAUAUUCAUCGCUCCAAAGAAAAUGUGAGAGGCUAGUCACAUCAGUUGAUUUCACUAGAAGACUUGGAUCUCCUGAAUUCUCUAGUAGGAAGUGGUCUCUACAGUCUACCCUAAUAGGCAAUACCCAUCCCCCACAACCCGAAAAAAAAAAAAAAAAAAGAA